UAAAAUCAAAUGGGAAAUUUUCAAUUUCUGUCACAAUUUAUUAUAUAACCUCGAAAUAUACCGUCGUGCGAUAGCGGACCAGCUUCGCUGUAUUCUGUCGUGCAAAUUUGGGAACGGUGCCCGCGGCUUUUGCGUAACAGGUCUAAGUUGACGUGAUAGCAGGAAAAUAUCGUAAAAAAUGGCUGCUCGUCGAAUUGCUCAGUCGUCGGUAAAUUGGGCCGCCCUAGCUGAACGGGUGCCACCAAACCAAAGGCCGAAUUUUAACCUUUUUAAGGCAAAGAGUGAUAACUACUUGAGAAGUGUUCUUGCUAACCCAGAAACUCCGCCUAAAAUUGACUGGGCCACCUACAAAAAGACGAUUCCAGUCGCUGGCUUGGUUGAUAAGUUCCAACAGCAAUAUGAAGGCCUCAAGGUUCCAUAUCCCGCAGACAAUGUGACACCGCAGAUACAAGCGCAGGAGAAGGAAGCCCGCGCUGAAGUCGAUAAUUACAUAAAGGCAUCAAAAGAGAAGAUUGCAGGAUACGAGAAGGAAAUCGCCCACUUAAAAUCAUUACUCCCAUAUGAUCAGAUGACAAUGGAGGACUUCCGCGAUGCAUUCCCUGACCUUGCUCUAGAUCCAAUCAAUCGUCCUUCCUAUUGGCCACACACACCAGAGGAAGCAUUAGAGAACCAACCUAAGGGCGAGAAGGAGCACCACUAAGCUGUUCUCACAGUAGCAAGUCCUACGAUCAGAUUAAAAAAUGUGCAGUUUUCUGGAGUUGCAUGUGCGUAAUGUAUCGAGAACAAUAGUUACGAGUAAAGAUUCAAUAAAAGUGAGGAUUACUUAAA